GAGACUUCUGCCUGUGAAGGAUGUCCAAUUACGCUCCGUUCAUAAAGCCGUACGUGCAGUACAACGAACAUGGAUGGGGUCCAUGCGAGGUUCCCAACAUGGACGUACCCUACCAGCCGUUCUGCAAAAGUGACCGCCUAGGUAAGAUCUGCGACUGGACAGUGGGGAUGCAGGAGAAAAAGUUCUCCAACAAGUACGCCUCCUCAUUUGGCAACAGCAGCCAGUACGCAUACUUUCAUGAGGAUGACGAUUCCACAUUCCAUUUGGUGGACACCACCGGAUCGCGGGCAUUGAAACCUUACCAGAGAGGUCGCUUCCGUCCAAACGUGCGCAACAAUGCUCGGGCCAAAGGUCGCACUGGGCGUGGCGCUGGACUAUUUGGGGCGGCAGGCUCAAUGGCAGGCGGUGGAACAACCAGCGGCAGCACCAAAUACGGAAAAGGUCGCGAUUCUCGUCGCAAUCAAGGACGUCGCUUUGCUCGAAAUGCUCCUUCACGUCUUCGGGAGAGUUCCGUCCUGGUGCGUCCCAACUGGGUGUCUCUGGAGGAGAUUGAAUUUCCACGUUUGCUUAAGCUGGCUCUUCCAAACAUUAAGGAGGGUCAGGAUAUCGUCACCUGUGGUUCAUUGGAGUAUUACGAUAAGGUCUACGACCGCAUUAAUUUGCGAAAUGAACGUCCGCUCUUGAAAAUGGAUCGCAUUGUUCACACAGUGACCACUACUGAUGAUCCAGUGAUUCGACGUCUCUCCAAGACAAUGGGCAAUAUAUUUGCCACCGACGAGAUUUUGGCUACUAUUAUGUGCUGCACUCGUUCCAAUUACUCCUGGGACGUGGUCAUCGAGAAGCUGGGCGCCAAGGUGUUCCUCGAUAAGCGUGACAAUGGCCAGUUCGACUUAUUGACUGUAAACGAGACGUCGUUGGAUCCACCCAUGGAUGAAGAGGGAUCCAUUAACUCUGCCCACAGCCUGGCCAUGGAGGCCACUCUGAUUAACCACAAUUUCGGUCAACAGGUUCUUCGUGUGGGAGAGCAGGAGCCCCGUUUCAAGUUUGACGAACCGAAUCCAUUUGAGGAACCUGGCGUGGACUUGGCCUCCCUGGGCUAUCGCUACCGGCAAUGGGAGCUGGGCCAUGACUUGGUUUUGGUGGCCCGUUGCAAGCACAACGGGGUGAUCCAGGGUCCCAACGGGGAACUCCAAUUCCUUUCAAUCAAGGCUCUAAACGAAUGGGACUCGAAGGCAGCCAACAGCGUGGAGUGGCGCCAAAAGUUGGACACCCAGCGCGGGGCAGUUUUGGCCUCCGAGUUACGCAAUAAUUCUUGCAAGUUGGCCCGCUGGACGGUGGAGGCGGUGCUGGCUGGGUCUGAUCAGCUUAAACUGGGCUAUGUUUCCCGGGUGACUCCGAGGGAUCAUCUGCGCCAUGUUAUCCUUGGGACCCAGCAGUUCAAGCCCCAAGAAUUCGCCACCCAGAUCAACCUGAACAUGGACAACGCCUGGGGUAUCUUGCGCUGUCUGAUCGACUUAGUGAUGAAGCAACCGGAUGGAAAAUACCUGAUUGUGAAGGAUCCCAACAAGCCGAUGGUACGGCUGUACGAUAUUCCGGAGAACUCGUUUGAUUCGGACGCGGAGGACGAGGAUAGCUCCAGCGAGCCGUUCGCCAACUCCCUUGACAACUGAUAUUUACGCAAAUUUAUUUUACUAAUAGUUGGUGUUCGAAUAAAGGGUUCGUUGACAGGCAUCUGACAGAUGCGAUGUGUGAACACAAACGCAAUUUAAA